AUGUCGACGAAACGUGGUGUUGGCCGGCCCAAGAAAGCGGCACAUUCCGAAACCGAUGCGGAAAGCCCUCCGAGCUACCCUGUUUUUCGGUGCGGUAUGAAGGAUUGCAUGGCAGAGCUCCACAACCUUUCUUUUCUACAGACACACUGUCUGAAGAUACAUAUCCCUUAUUCCCUGACCUGCCAAUGGGAGGGUUGUGAUGACCAAACUCCCCGUCCGGCCGCAGCUAUGUGGAGACAUACCCGCGAGAAGCAUAUCAAGCCUAUUGCCUGGCAGCUUGGAGACGGCCCAGCCGCACCUUCGUCUGGUGAGCUUCCUAGCAUACAAACAACGUUGGAGGAUUUGUUGGGCUCGCGUGCCUAG